AUGGCGUCAGUCAUACCAGCGAAGGACAAGAAACGUCUGGAGGUCAAACUAGGGGAGCUGCCAAGCUGGAUCUUGAUGCAGGAUCUAGUCAUUGCCACAGGGAUUCAAAGAGGUUACUACUGGUACUACAACAAAUACAUCGACGUGAAGAAGGGGAGCAUCUCGGGGCUGACCAUGGUGCUGGCAGGCUACAUGCUCUUCCGCUACUGCCUUUCCUACAAGGAGCUCAAGCACAAGCAGCUACGCAGGUACCAGUGA